UGCGCCUAUUACAAUGAUGAUGCUGUUUAAUUUAGUGCCGCGGCUAAUAAAUAUGUCGGUUUGUCAAUCAUCAUACAAAUGCAGCCCAUUUUCUGUAGUGCUAUAAUUAACUAGGAGUAAACAUUGAAAUAAUCAUUUUUUAUUUGGAAAACAGACACAUAGGAUGUAAAAUAAUAUAAAUAUGAUAUUUAGACAAAUACAAAUGCCGAUGGUGCCUGUGUGGUUUCUGAUUAUCAGCAGUUUGGUUUCAUUCAACAAGAUGUAUGGAGAUGCAAUAGAUGUGACACAUUUUUGCUAUGAAGUAACAGGUCAACCGACCCAGGUGCGUUUAGUUGUCAAUAUUCUGGUAAAAACAGGGGAAAGCUUUGCUAAGGUUUAUGCGUUCGAUGCUUCAUCUGGGGACACGACGCAAUCCGCCAACCGGAUUGCAGAUGCAGCCUGUAUCAAAGACGAUACCGGUAUAUCAGAUACCUUACCCAUCACAUACGAUAUGACUAUCACGACAACAGACGCUAGUCACAGUUGUGGUAUACAAGUGGCAACCGAAGGCUCCGAUACCGUCGUAAAGUUUGUAUUUCGUAUAUAUACGAAUAGUGAAACAGUUAACCACCCAGACGAUGUAACGUACGAGGCGACUUGUAAGAUGAGUGACCUUACAGGGAUUGAAAUACCCACAGCUCAACUUGAAACUACUAAUCGUGCUAACACAGUUUCGCAAAGACAGGCGGAUGGGGCUUUUCUCACUUUGGUCGAUGAUGAAAACAAAGUAGUGAAUAUUGCUAGGGUUGGUGAUAAAGUCCGUCUGCAAGCGGAAUACUAUCCGAACCUUCAAAAGGGCCCAGACAAUUGCGGAGACGACUUUUACGUGGGUUUUCUUGGAAUCGACCCGUUAAGCGGAGUUUCUGCAAGUGAACUGUAUGUCAUAAUAACUCCAAAGUAUAACUUAGACACCGAUGUCGUAGUGACAACCAAACAUGGGACAGCAACAUAUAACUUUGUAGAUGGCAAUUCCCAGAAAAUUGUGUUCCCCUCAGAUCUCAUGGGCUGCUCUGAUGGUGGAGUUUCAGAAAUUGAAGAUAAAGGCGUACACAUUCAAGCACUGUCACAAGUUCGAGAAAUCUGCGUGGUCGUCUGCAGUAAGGAGACAGGACUUGGAGACUGCUACGAUGCGUUACCGAAUGACGUCCUGGGAACUGAUUAUAUCGCUGCUUCAAUGCCGGCUGCAGACGAAUCUUCCGAGUUUAUGAUAAUAUCCCACGCAGACGACAAUGAGGUCACUGUUGACAUUCCUGAUGGCUAUUCACAUAUAAUUGAAUUAAGCGGCCAAACUACAACUGCUGCCGGCGGGACCAUAACAUUUACAUUAAAUCAAAGACAGGCAUUUCAUCUUGCCCAAACGAGUGCCACUGCAAGCAUGUCUAAUGUAAAUGGGUAUCACAUAACGUCUACGAAACAAGUGUCUGUGAUCAGUGGUAACCGGCUUUACGGAUCUAACCAUGCUGUAACUCAACUUCCGCCGACGACUAAAGCCGGCGAAAAGUACGUUCUUAUUCCCGUCGAUAUAGAUUCGGAUGGUAGACUUACAACUUAUAUCAUCCAACCCGUGGAAGCUGGUGAUACUGAAGUGAUAAGGUAUUUGACGGAGACAACAUCAGAUUCUUAUACUGUACCAUACGGCGAGUAUCUUUCUCUGGAAGUUGACACUACUCCUUUUGAAAUAACGUCGGACAAACCGAUUUCAGUCACUCAAAUUGUAAACGGACCUAUAAAUUCAGGUACUGCCGGUUCGUCAAUGACAUGGAUACCUCCUGUGAAUCGCUGGUCUUCAGUUUACACAAUCAGUCAUCCUGAAUAUGUCACCACUCCCCUGACUGUGUUUAAAUCCCAGGAAGACGCCGAUGCAUACAGAGUAAAAGUCGGAGAUGGCAACCCUAUUGCUAUUACUCCGCCUCGCGUAGAUGUUGCAGGUUUGAAGUUCAUUUUUCUAACAUUCUCGGUAGAAUUUAGAUAAAUUCCUCUAAAUGCU